CUAGGCGACGCCAGCAUUUGGCAACCUUAAAACAGCCUCUAAAGCACGCACGCCUGCCUGCAGAACAAAUAGGUGGUCGCUGUGUGUGCCCAUCGAAGCAGCGCACACGACCCAGGCUCGUUCGCAGUCGACGGGUAGCCCUCACAUUCAGCAGCAGCUGCCACGCGUUGUGCAAGCAAUACGCGUCGCGCGGCCGGACAUAUAGAGCACGUGCCCGGUUAUAUAGAGCACCACAACAAUGGCCUCGACGAGCAACGUCGCGAGCGACGACUACUACAAAGUGCUCGGCGUCGACCGUAAUUGCGACGAGGCCGCCCUGAAAAAAGCAUACCGACGAGCGGCCGUCAAGUGGCACCCCGACAAGUGGUCCUCGAAAUCCCAGGCCGAGCAAAAGGCUGCGGAAGAAAACUUUAAGCGCGUCGCCGAGGCCUACGACGCGCUGAGCGACCCGCAGAAGCGGGCGGCCUACGACCGCUACGGCAAGGAUGGUUCAAGGAGCGUCGACCAGGGCGGGUCCGGCGCGCCGCACGUCGACCCCGAGGAGCUGUUCCGCCAGUUCUUCGGCGGGGCCAUGGGCGGCCCGGGCAUGGCCUUCGGGGGCAUGCCCAUGGGCGGGAUGCACUUCGGGGGCGGGCCGGGCAUGGCGUUUUACGUGAACGGCGUGCCGGUUGGGGGGAGACGGCGGGGCGGCGCACCGCAACCAAUGGAGAUGCCGCAGAUCGAGGUACCGCCGUUCGUCGAGGCCCUGAUCAAGACGGUGCCGCCGCCAUUACUUGUUGUGGGCGUCCUGGCCUUCGUGAUGCUCGCGAUGCAGCUGGUGAGCGCCUUGAUGCAGUUCUUGAUGCCGGUCAUGUUUCCGCUGUUGAUGGUCAACAACUUCGCGCCUCAAAACCUGCGGGCGCCCCUGAUGCUGGGGCUCGUCGCCACGAGUCUCGCGACGGCGUUUUUGUGAAUAAGUAUACGUGGUAUCGACGCGCCGAAAGCGAGUAGGGACACACCAACGCCAUCGACGUGCCGUCGUCGAGGGCGAAACUAGGGACACAAAGC